CCAACCUCUACUUACAACCCCCAGCACGAAAGAGAGCUUGACUCACAAUCUUCAUGUCGGAUCAGUCUCUGCCUCCCGGUGCUCUGGAAGCAUUACAACGCCCUUCGAAUGCCGGAAACCGCUCCACAGUUCGCAAACUCUCUGAUUUUGAUCAAGGCGUACUGGCGGUUUCUGUAUCACAUCAUAAGGAUCUAGGAGAAUUGACACACAAAUUCGACCUUCUCUGUCCCCGUAGCGGGUGCGGUAGCGUAAUAUUGAAAGCGGGCAUCGGCCGAUGGGUGGAGAGUGAAAGUGUUGAGCUUGAUAUCACAGAGAAGUCUCUUCACCCAGACCUGCAAGCACUGCCAGCUCCACCUGCGACUACCCAGUGGUGGUUGGUGACUCCCAAUGUCAUGGAUUUUGAAAACAUUGGUUUUACGAGGCCUGUCCAGCAAGACGUUGCAGCGAAAAAGCUCAAGUUUCUGAUUUGCGCAGAGUGCGACCUUGGUCCAUUGGGGUGGUGCGAAGAAGGGGGUAAAGAGUUUUGGCUAGCUUGUUCGCGGGUGGGAUAUCGCUGAGACAUCUUCUGUCACGUUACCACCAAGUACAAGUCCAAUUAUUAUCCCCGUCAGGCUAGGCGCUCGGCGACACUUUGUUCGCUUCAUUGGAGCUGAGGUUGUAAGGCUCUCACUUCGCUU